GAAAAAAUCUGGAUUUUUUCUAAAUGUCAAAAUGUCGGGAUUUUUUCUAAGUGUCAAAAUGUCGGGAUAUUUCUGUCAAAAAGUGGGGAUUUUUUUCGUCAAAAAGUCGGGAUAUUUCUUUAAAAAAGUGUGGAUUUUUUUCCAAGAGUCAAAAAGUGGGGAUACCCAUAUUUAACCAUCAGUUAAAGUCGGCUUGUAAUUAAAAAAAAAGUAAUUAAAAAAAGUAAUUAACCCUCAAUUUUAUGUAUUUUUUAAAAAUAUUAUUAAUAUUUAAAUAUAUUUUAAAUAUAUAAAUGGUUAAGAAACACUGGGAUAGACUAUGCAGUAUCAUUCCAUAUUAAAAGUAAAAUAAUGGCAGAAGAAGUAAAAAAAUAAAUGAAUAAAUCUAAUUUUUCAAACAAUUUCACACUGGAAAAAAAAAUCUAAAAUAAUUCAUAUAAUUUCAAAGUACGACACAAAACCCAUAUUUAACCAUCAGUUAAAAUCGGCUUGCGUCAUCUUGCUUGCUGCCGCCAGAGGGCGCCAACUCUCUCUCACGUACACUUAUACUGUACAUACACGUACACACUCACAUACUGGCGCCCGACUGCGCGUGCGCGUGAACUCCUAGUGCAGCGGCAACCAGUGGCGGAGAGGGCGGUGCGCAAAAAGGGGGCGUGGUCUAAGCGGCGCAUGGCCGCGUGCGCUCGCUCACCUCCAUGUUUGCCAGGCGAUCUUUGAACCUCCCCCCCAGGGAAGGAACAUUGUCCUCCGCCGUGCUCCUCCGCGAGAGUGGGGGGAGCUCCACCAUGAAGUCGGACCGCAGUUAAAAGACGUCAGCCGAACUUGGCUCCUCUCCAUUCCUGGACGGCACCGAUGGCUCCUCGCCUCCUCCUCCGUGUUUGGGGGCUCCUGCCCCUGAUCCUGAUCCUCUGUGCGGGCGCGCUGGGCGGACAAGAGUUCCUGGAGAACAUCCUGCGCUUCUACGGACGCAACGAGUCCAUCUCCGGCCGCGACCUGGAGGACUUGCUGCGCGUCGUCUCGGCCCGGAGAGCGGAGUCCGUCAUGGAGGACAGCAACCCGUUGGCCGGACAGGAGUGCCUCUCAGCCAAGCAGAUCUUGUCCCACUUUGGCCUCCCAAAUGGCAGCCAGCUGGGUGUGGACCACCUGGAGAGGAUCUGUCCUGCCGUGUUGACCCAGGUGCUGCUGCCCUCCUGCCCUUACACCACCCCCCUGCCUCCACCACAGCUCCACUACUCCGUGUGGGGGUGGGGCUUCCUGGCGGUGACGGUCAUCAACUUGGCGGCGCUGCUGGGCCUGCUGCUGAUCCCCUUCACCAAGAAGUCUUACUUCCCCAAAGUGCUGACCUACUUCAUCGGCCUGGCCAUCGGAACUCUCUUCUCCAACGCCGUGCUGCAGCUCAUACCCGAGGCCCUCGGGUUUGAUCCCAAGAAGGACGACUACGUGGCCAACGCCAUCGGCAUCUUUGGAGGCUUCUAUCUGCUCUUCUUGGUGGAGAGGAUCUUGAGGUUGCUUCUGCGCGUGGAACACGAGCACGGCCCCUCCCACCUCUCUCCUGCCGCCCCCCCCCUGCAGAACGGCGAGGUGUCGGAGAAGAAGGACUCCAAGACGGCGCUGAGCAUCUCGGGCAGCAUCAGCAGCGUCAACUCGGACCGCACGCGUGCAGACAUGAUCCCCGCCGAGGAUGUGCAGGCGUCCAGCGUGAUGUGUCGCUGUCUGCGCGGUCAGCGCAUCAGCAACAUCAAGACGGUGGCGUGGAUGAUCACCCUGAGCGACGCGCUGCACAACUUCAUCGACGGCCUGGCGAUCGGCGCCUCUUUCACCGUCUCCAUUCUGGCCGGCUUCAGCACGUCCACCGCCAUCGUGUGCGAGGAGUUCCCCCACGAGCUGGGUGACUUUGUGAUCCUCCUCAACUCGGGCAUGAGCGUCCCUCAGGCCAUCUUCUUCAACCUGCUGUCGGCCAUGGCGUGCUACGUGGGCCUGGUGUUCGGCAUCCUGCUCGGCAGCAACUAUGCCCCCAACGCCAUCUUCGCCGUGGCGGGGGGCAUGUUCCUCUACAUCGCCCUGGCAGACAUGUUCCCGGAGAUGGACGCCAUUGCUAGGGAGGCCACGCGGACCUCCUCCAGGCUGGUCUUCUUCCUGAUCCAGAACGCCGGGCUGCUGACGGGCUUCGCCAUCAUCCUGCUCAUCACCACGUUUGCAGGGCAGAUCAACCUGGGCUGAAGAAAAGAACACAACCAAGCCUUUUAGACCGGACCAUACACACAAUCCUUUCAUUCAUGAAAUCCAGCUUGAUUUGUCUUAAAGAGACAGUACACUCUUUUUUUUAGUCCCCUCUCUGGGUGCUGUACUGUCACCACCUGUGUCACAUUUUCACUUUCUGUUUUGUGUUUGUCCAUUUCUGUGUGUAUGAUUUACAGAAUCACAUCCUUUAUUUUAUUUGAAAUGGAACAAAUUGCAGUUUAGAUGUUUUAAUUGUACGUUUACACCAGACUUUUGUUGCUCAGGGUUUAUUCAGAGCUUCUGUUUGAGAGAAAGUGACUUCAAAUAUAAAUGUCUAUGAGUAGACUUUGUCAACAACUGGGACCUUUUUAGCCUCCUGGCUUUUUAAUGCUUUGUUUUUUUGUUAAAUCAUGUAAGUAUGAACGUUGUGAUUCAUAGACCGGAGCACUGUGUUGAAAUAUAUCCCAGCUCUUUCAAGUAGUUUGAUUUUACGUUCGAAAGCACGGGAAGGGAAGGAUGUGUUUCUGUUUUUACAUUUUAUUUUAUAACCUUAU